AUGUUGAUGCAGAGAAGAAUCAUACCUAAACACCCCGAUCGAAACUAUUGCUACAUUGAUAAAACGUACACGAAAAGUGAAAUUUGUCAAUAUGUACAAGAUGAGAGUGAUAAAUGCGAGGGUGGUGGUUAUUUCACGUGGACACGGUGGACUGAAUGCGCGAGUAGCUCGGCCAGGGUUUUCAUCAUUAUUGGAGCUAUUUUCUAUAUGUUAUAUCUAUUCGUUGCCAUUUCCGCAGCAGCUGAUGAUUUCUUUUCACCGAAUGUCGCCGGAAUUGUAGCCCAUCUAGGGAUCUCGGAAAGCAUUGCUGGUGUUACAUUCAUGGCAUUUGGCAACGGAGCUCCAGAUAUUUUUGGCGCAAUCGCUUCAGUGCUCAGCACUCCAAAGCCCAAAGCUGGGUUCGCUGUUGGAGAGCUUUUAGGUGCUGGCACAUUUGUAACGCUUUGUGUGACAGCAACUAUCGUUUUCACAAAACAAUUCAAGGCAGCUGUUUUUGAAACAAUUCGUGAUUUAUCAUUCUACCUACUAGCGCUUGGAUGGAUUCUUUUCGUCUUCAUUUAUGAUAAAAACAUUUACCUAUUUGAGCCUUUAGUCUGUUUGGGGAUUUAUGGGUGCUACGUUGGAACCGUUGUUUUCAGUCAUUUCUUACAUAAAAGAAGAAAGGCUGCUCGCCGCGCCUCGCGACGAUCCAGUCAUUUCAGCAGAAAUGCGAGCGUUCGACCGAAUAUCGCCAUUAAUGAUACAGAUAAAAACUAUACUGACGGUCCGCCGGUUCAUAUAAUUUCGGCUGCUGUUGACAGAAUCGCCGCCGCUAAUGGGAAUUUAUUGAAUGGAGUCGAGAAAGAAAACCCGAAUCCCGUGCCGAAACCUGGGGAUUUAAGGAGACUUUCUGUUUCGCUAUACGCUAGACGUCGAAGUCAGACGUCGAGAAAAUCAACGGACAAAUCGAACAACCUUCAUCCAGGCGUUUACCACAACGAAGCACAUCAUGGGGAUUCUGAUUCGGAUUCCGAAGAGAUGAUUUGGGUCGGUCAUCAUCUCAUUUCCGCGUCAGCAAAUCGCAGUCGAGCGCAAUCAAUUAUUCCACCCGCCGAAAUUCACUCAGCCAAGUCUCUUUUUGCUGACAUUUAUCACCAUUUAUUACCGAUUUCUUCAGAAGAUUGGGACGAUGCUGGCUAUUUUGGGAAAUUCAUGCUUAUUAUUAGUGUGCCGCUAACAAUCGCUUUCUGCCUGACGAUUCCCCUGGUCGAUCAAGCAUGGUCAAAACCGGUCGCUUUGCUUCACGCUUUCUUUGCUCCUCAAUUUUUCCUUUUUGCAAUUCAGGACUGGAACUUGCAACCAUUCGAUGGCUCACCGGGCCUUUGGGCGUACGCUUUAGUGUUCUCGCUAAUCGUCGAGAUUCUUCUCAUUCUUUACACCACCGUUCAACACGAGCCUCGAUUUUAUAAGCAACUCAGCAGCUACGCCGGUUUUCUAAUGUCGAUCUCAUGGAUUUAUCUGGUGGCUAAUGAGGUGGUCAGUGUGGUGACAAUGCUCGGUGUGAUCUCACAACUUUCGCACGAGUUACUCGGAUUGACGAUUCUCGCGUGGGCGAACUCGAUCGGUGACCUUAUCGCCGAUGUAGCCGUCGUAAAGCAAGGAUACUCGAAUAUGGCACUCGCAGCUGCUAUCGGAGGACCAUUAUUCAAUUUACUUAUCGGUUUCGGACUUCCAUUCUCGAUCGCGCGUGCAAAGGGGACGCCGAUUGAAGUAAAUUUCUCUACAAUCAACCAUGUGCUCGUUUUAUUCUUGGGUACAUCACUCGCAUUCAGUUUGAUAGCAAUGAUCGUGCAAAGAUUUUAUCUGAGAAAAGUGUACGCUGCUUGUCUCAUCGGCAUCUAUGCGGCUUUCCUCACGAUGGUCGCGCUCACCGAAACGAAAGUUUUCACUUGGGGAGGCGAUGAUGAU